GUUAGCAUUCUUUCUAUUUUGUGCUCGUAGUGUUUGGAUGCAGAAAAGAAAAUACCUGUAAUUUCAUGGUUUCAAGAGGAUAAAAAACGGAAUAUCUAUUCCUAAAAAAUGUAUAGCGUCGUUGAAUUUAGUGAGGAUGACAGCGUCGCUAUUGUGCGCUCGUCUUGGAUUUCACCCACUAAGAAACAUAGUGCUUGGCCUCCAUUUAAAAAUUCCGAAAAGAUCAAGAAAUGUCUUACGGGCACAAUUUUAGAUGAUGACACGUGGAAUGUUUUUGGAAUUCGACGCAUUUUUUAUGUAACUGAUGACCUUCUCAGUGCUAGAAAGAAAUGUAAAGAAGCCGAACUUAAUUCCGAAGUAGAACUAGACAUUGAGCUAAAAAGAAAACACAAAAAAACUACAAGAUAUCUGUCAGUAUCCAGUGAAGAAGAAGAUGAUGGCCAUGGAAUGAAUUUUCCAAAACCACCAAAAGAGCCCGGCAGAAAACAAAUAGCGGAGGAGACUGAGGCAGAGAUGGAUAACACAGGUGUACUUGUACGACAAACUUCAGAUAUUUCGACAUCUUCUGUGGUUGCAUCAAAUGCUGUGAUUGCUCGACACCUUGCCAAACUCGAGGAAGGCAUCAAGGAACUGCAAUUAAACCAAAAAGAAAUAUUGGAAAGACUACGCUCUGGAGCAACUGCGACGGCUGUAGCUGUUGGUUAUCAAGCCCUGUCCCUGCCAGAAGGAGUCAAUUUACCAUGCACCCAGAUCGAAGAGAUUAAAAAGAUUGAUGUCUGGCUAACAGUGGACGAAAAUUACAUGCUACUUGUUAACCACUUGAGCUAUGUAGGCGGUAACAAAACAUCAGCAAUAUUAAGGAGGAUUCUUGAAAAACUGUUUUCAAACAAACUUGCGGAAAUCUGUAAUUGGUCAGGCAAAAAUGGAAAACAUAAGCUACAAGAUCACCUUUUAAUUAAAGUUGUUACUGAAGCUCUCCGUCGGCACAAAGUCGCCGAAACGGCUACAGAAAACGAGAUAAAGACCGUGGUUAGCAACUGGUUCCGCUUCUCCAAAGAUAGAGAUGGAGGUCGAGAAAGCAGACGCAGGACAAUUGAGCCAACUUCUAUCCAGCAAUAAUCAACGUUACACAGGGCUGUCAACUAGAAAUAAGAAAAGACAUUUAGCCUUAAAGAUACAAGAAAUAUCGGUAGAGUUAAACGGGCUCAGUGGGGAAACUAGUCCACCUAAUCAACCAUAUACUGUAGAUGUCGGUAACAGUAAUUUUACUCGUGAAUCAAACUAUACAAAUAAUAUGCUCGGUGACAGUGACGAUGACGUCACUAUCAAUGUUAAUUUGCCAAACAGUCCCCUUCUGUUUGACACAAAUGACAGUGUUUUAAAAUCAUUUCUAGUUUCUUGGUCUAAACGGUACAAUAUUUCACACUCCGCACUCAAUCAUCUACUGGAAGGAUUGCAAGUAUACCAUCCAAGUUUGCCAAAAGAUGCUCGCGUUUUGUUACAGACACCAAGGAGUAUUAAUGUUGUCCAAUGUGCAGGAGGCUCGUAUGUGUAUUUUGGGCUUGAAAAUCAGUUAAAAAAAAGAGCUUCUGCUGGUUUAUGUUCAAAUUACUAUCCUCUGAUGCAAAGAAAACUGUCACAAUUUGGAAGUACUUUUUACAUAACUAUAACUCUUAAUGUUGAUGGUUUACCAGUGCAUUCCAGUAGCAGCAAUUCAUUUUGGCCUAUUUUAAGCAUUUUAGAUCAGUCCAUUGAUAAAGAACCAAUUAUUGUAGGAAUU